AUAGUUUUGUUAGUUACCUUGGAAACUCUCGCCGCGUUUAUUCAAAAGUAUAUUAUCGAUGGAUCGUUGGCAGAAUCGUGUGGCUGUUGUUACAGGAGCCAGUUCAGGGAUUGGAGAAGCCUGCUGUAAAGACUUGGUGGCCAAGGGCCUUAUCGUGGUGGGGCUAGCUCGUAGGGAGGAGCGGUUAAAGCAGCUGAAAGGAUCUCUGACGGCGGAUCAGCAGGCUCGCUUUUACAUUCGCAAAUGCGACGUCAGUGUGGAGCAGCAGGUGGUCGAUACCUUCGCCUGGGUGGACAAGACUCUGGGAGGUGCCGACGUCCUUGUCAAUAAUGCCGGCGUACUCCGAUUUUCCGAAAUAACUCAAGCUGGCAACUCCGCUGAUAUGCGCGACAUCCUGGACACCAAUGUCCUAGGAUUCGUAUGGUGUACCCGGGAAAUAUUCCAAUCACAGGAGAAGCGGAAUGUAACCGAUGGCCAUGUGGUGGUCAUUAACAGUGUAGUAGGUCAUAAAAUUCCCCGAGGUUCCGGUCUGAGCACCAAUCUAUAUGCUCCAUCGAAGUUUGCUGUUACCGCUUUGGUUGAGGUCCUGCGCCAGGAGUUUCUGCAGAAGAAAACCCAGACUAAAAUUACGAGCAUUAGUCCCGGUGCCGUUGACACGGAGAUCCUUGAUGACAGUAUCAAAGCGAACUUUCCGGGUUUACCCAUGUUACGAUCUGAAGAUGUUGCGGAUGCCGUUUCCUAUUGCAUCCAGACUCCUCCAAAUGUGCAGAUCCAUGAGUUGACCAUAAAGCCUGUGGGAGAAAGCUUUUGAUGAAAAAUUUAUUUUAAAAAAAGUGGGUUUAUUUUCCAAUUUAUUUAACAAAUAAUAAGCAAAAUGAAUCUAUGUAUAAGCAACAUUUUGUUGUUGAAAUUUUUAACAUAUUAAUGUGAUUAAAUAAAAAAAAAUUAAUGUUCAA